AUGGCGAUGAAGGGUGUGAUUGCAUCUGCCGUUCGAACUCUUGCUUCAUCAGGGAGCUCAGCAUCAUCAACCACCUUCACCAGGCACCUCCAUGCAUCUGCUGGAAGCAAAAAGAUUGUUGGGGUGUUUUACAAGGCCAAUGAAUAUGCAGAACUGAACCCCAAUUUUCUGGGUUGUGAGGAGAGAGCGCUGGGCAUAAAGGACUGGCUGGAAUCACAAGGCCACAAGUAUAUUGUCACUGACGACAAAGACGGACCAGAUUGUGAACUUGAGAAACACAUUCCAGAUCUCCAUGUUCUCAUAUCAACCCCCUUCCAUCCUGCCUAUGUCACUGCUGAAAGGAUCAAAAAGGCCAAGAAUUUGCAAUUGCUUCUCACGGCCGGAAUUGGUUCUGAUCAUAUUGAUCUGAAGGCUGCUGCUGCUGCUGGAUUAACAGUUGCAGAGGUCACAGGAAGCAAUGUGGUUUCGGUUGCAGAAGACGAGCUCAUGAGAAUCCUCAUUCUUGUGCGGAACUUCGUGCCCGGGUACACUCAGAUUGUUAAUGGGGAGUGGAAAGUUGCAGGUAUUGCCCACAGAGCUUAUGAUCUGGAAGGAAAGACAGUGGGGACUGUUGGUGCUGGACGUAUUGGCAAGCUUUUGCUCCAAAGGUUGAAACCUUUCAACUGUCAUCUCCUCUAUCAUGACCGGUUCAAGAUUGACCCAGAAUUGGAGCAACAGAUAGGGGCUAAGUUUGAGGAGGAUCUGGAUGCAAUGCUUCCAAAAUGUGAUGUUAUUGUUAUCAACACACCCCUUACUGAGAAAACAAGAGGACUGUUUGACAAAGAAAGAAUUGCAAAGUGUAAGAAGGGAGUCCUGAUCGUUAACAAUGCUCGAGGGGCAAUCAUGGACACACAGGCAGUUGUUGACGCUUCCUCCAGUGGACAUAUUGCAGGUUACAGCGGCGAUGUUUGGAAUCCACAACCAGCUCCGAAAGACCAUCCAUGGCGUUACAUGCCAAACCAUGCUAUGACCCCUCAUAUAUCUGGUACCACAAUUGAUGGACAGAUACGUUAUGCUGCCGGUGUUAAGGACAUGCUUGACAGGUACUUCAAGGGAGAAGACUUUCCUGCACAAAACUACAUUGUCAAGGACGGUAAAAUAGCAAGCCAGUAUCAGUAA